GCUAAACAGCCACAUAUAGUAUGGGCUAGACGCAGGAGUAGACGCAGCCACCUUUUCGCCCUCUAUGACGCCGGGAAUUCCUUGCCGACUACUUACCUCUUCUCCUGCCUCUAUCAUUACCUCUACCAUCAUCUUCCCCAUUACCUCUACCAUUACUUCUACCUCCUGUAGCCCAGCGUGUCUUUUCCUUCGACUUCUUGGGAUACCCGGCGCCUCCCAAUUCGCGGUCCAUAGUAUCCAACAGCACCAUCAUGGUAUCUCUCUGGAGCUCCAAGCAGAAUGGCGAUGGAGUUGAUGGUCAAGCCGACGAACGUACCGGCGAGGAAGCGCCUCCCCCUCGUUCAUCGGGAGAUUACCGCAGCCCUGAGGCAGAUGAGCGCACAAGGCUGCUUCCCGCGCAACCAAGACCACCACCCAAUGACGGAUACCUUGAUCCUGAUGAUCCAGCUGUCUCUCCUUACAAUCUUUGGUCCGUCCGAUUCCUUCGAUGGCUUACAGUACUCUUCUUCCUCGUAACAUUCGUAUGGUGGGUACUAUUACUGGUCUCAAUCUUCGUCUCUCCUCCAGGCAUGCACUCGCGUGGCUCCGGGUUCUUUGAUUUCUCCUAUACGACCCUCACGCUUGGCAAUCUCUUCGUUGCACUACUGUUCUACACCAAUCCAUCACGAGCAAUGCGUAUUUCGUCUGCCAUCAUUGCAACCCUCCUUUUGAUCGACGUCAUUCUCAUCUCGGCUGUGACAAAAGUCAGAUUUGAGGAAGGCUGGGUUGGUCUUGCCUCGGUGAUUUGGGCUACAAUUAUGGCUAUAUGGUGCUUGUUCGUCGACAGAAUCGUUGCUUGGGGUAAGCGUGAAGAAGAGGAGCGGCUCACUGGUCGUCCAGAGACACGCCGCACCUUGGCUGAAUGGAUUGGUGUUUUCCUCGCCACUGUGAUUCUCAUCAUCUACAUUGUGAUCGUCAUUCUCAUGACUGGCACUCUCAUCCUCCGAGCCCGCGAUGCUUCCCUUCCAAUGGCUGGAGAGCGUUACUUUGUUGAUGGUGACAAAUACCAAGUACACCUUGCUUGUGUAGGUAACGUAACGGAAAGCCAUGGCAAACGUGAACCUACAGUUCUGCUCGAAGCAGGGGAGUACCCAUCCGAAUAUGACUUUGAGCACUGGGCGUACAAUAGCUACAGGAAUGGUAGCAUCUCUCGCUACUGCUACUGGGACCGUCCGGGGUACGCUUGGUCCGAUAACGCCCCUUCACCCCAUUCCGCUGGUAUGUCGUCCGAUGCACUCUCCGAAGCCCUUGCCCGCGCUGGCGAGGAGGGACCGUGGAUUGCCGUCGGGGCUGGUGUAGGCACGAUCACAAGCCGUAUUUUUGCAGCCCGUCAUCCACAUGAUGUUGUUGGCAUCAUGCUGAUCGAUCCGUACCAUGAGGAUCUAUUACAUCGUCUGAGCUCACCGGGACGUGGAUUCGUGCUAUGGGGCUGGGGUGUGUUGUCACCACUGGGCAUCGAGCGACUUGGAGGUGCCAUGUUCAAGGGACGUACGAGACAAGACCGUGUCUAUGGGCGCAACGCAUAUCAGUCUGGCAAAUUUAUCAAGGCGCAGCUACAGGAGAAUUUGGUAGCAGAUUCGUUGUCCAAGAACGAGGUCGUAUCUGCUCGAGCUAUACAAAGCCAGAGCGUACCUGUGGUCGUCGUGUCGUCCGGCAUAAAGGUCAAGACUGAUAGUGAAUGGGAGAAGAAGCAGGAAGACCUGUCUAAGCUCACGAAGAACCUCGUUGCGUGGGACAGUGUCAAGAAAGCACCACAUCAAGUCUGGAAGACGUACGAUGGAAGACAAACUAUGGAGAAGGAUUUGAAACUUUUGGUCGCGGCAGCAGCGAAAGUAAAGACAGGAUGAUAUUAGCAGUAAGUCUAUAUUAAUUUGGAGGAGUCACGCAUGACGUUGGUUGAUAUCGUUAUAUCUAAGAAACCAUUAUAAUACGUAGCUUAGUUAAUGAUAAUUCGAGUUAUACACCACUAGAAAGUUCUUUCUCGUAUACUAAGUCAGGCAGGUCGAGAAUCCAAUAGCAACUUUGAAGCUUGGGGGCGCAGAACUACAUCACAAUUGCAGCCACAUCUCCACACGGUCACACGGAGUGAGCAUUCGCUUUCGACGACACUCCUGAUUCUACUUCUUCCUUCUCUUCUCUACUGCCUCCCUCAAGUUUGCGAUGACUUCUGCAGGGUCAUUCGCACCAAACACUGCCGAUCCAGCGACAAUGACAUUGGCACCCGCAUCAGCAGCCUGAUCAAUGGUCUUCUCUGAGAGUCCCCCGUCGACUUCGAUGU